AUUGGCCCCUCGAUUGGUGCUUAUAAAUAUCCAAAUCAGAUUUGCUAUGUUGCUCAUGCAAACAUAAUUAGUAUAGAAACCACAACAUGGAGCUAUUCUACCUAUGUGCACUCUCACUUGCAAUCCUCUGCACCUCUCUUUACACCCUCUUCUUCCUCUUUCCAAAAAACCCGAGAUCGAACAAUAACCUUCCCCCAGGGCGAAAUGGCUUGCCCGUGAUCGGGGAGACCCUGGAGUACGUCAUGGCUGCCAGGAAGGGGAAGCCAGAGGGUUUCAUAUCUGAACGGAUGAGGAAGUACUCGCCGGAUAUCUUCCGGACCUCCCUUCUUGGGGAAAGCCUGGUGGUGUUCUGUGGCGCAUCGGGCAACAAGUUCCUGUUCUCUGGUCAGAACAAGUACGUCACCUCAUGGUGGCCACAGUCAAUGAGCAAGGCACUCAUGUUCCCUUCUGCUGCUAAUAAUAGGUCCAGCGGGGAAGAAUCGACCAAGUUCCGGAGCUUCCUUCCUGAGUUUCUCAAGCCGGAGAGUCUGCAACACUAUAUCCCCAUCAUGGACUCUAUGGCGAGGGAGCACUUGCAAAAGGAAUGGUCACCAUUCGAGGAAGUCAAGGUCUUCCCCCUGUCAAAGAAGUACACUUUUGCUCUUGCCUGUCGGCUAUUCAUGAGCAUCGAUGACCCUGAGGAGGUCGAGCAGUUCUCCCGGCCCUUCGCCCUGGUCACAGAGGGCCUCAUGUCGGUGCCAAUAGACUUGCCUGGCACAACCUUCCGCAGGGCCAUCAAGGCUGGGAAGGUGAUCCGGGAGGAGCUCAUGAAGAUCAUAAGGCGAAGGAAGUUGGAGAUCCUUGCCAGUCGCUCGGAGAACAGAGAGGAUGGCACUAGCAAUAAGGUUAGCAAGGACUUGUUGGAGAGCAUGCUGCUGGCCCAAAGUUACAACGAUGAGAAAGAGAUGGACAUGGAGAUUGAGAUGAACAUAGCCAAUAAGAUUGUUGGCUUCUUCAUAGCUAGCCACGACACUACUAGUACGGCCAUCACCUUCGUCGUGCAUUAUCUCUCAAAAUUCCCCGACAUAUACGAAGAGGUCUUCAAAGAGCAAAUCGAGAUUUACAAGUCCAAGGGAGGAGACAAGCUGUUGAACUGGAAUGACGUACAGAAGAUGAAGUACACCUGGAACGUGGCGUGCGAGGCGAUGAGGCUGGCACCCCCCGCCCAGGGCGCCUUCCGAGAGGCCAUCACGGACUUCACUUAUGCUGGGUUCGACAUCCCUAAGGGACAGAAGACAUAUUGGACAGCGAACACAACACACAAGAAUCCCCAGUACUUCCCGGACCCAGAGAAGUUCGACCCAUCAAGAUUUGAAGGAAAUGGACCCACACCAUACACCUUCGUGCCGUUUGGUGGCGGGCCUCGGAUGUGCCCGGGGAAGGAAUAUGCGCGGCUCGAGAUUUUAGUCUUCAUCCAUAAUCUGGUGAUGAGAUUCAGAUGGGAGAGCCUCUUCCCUAAUGAGAAGAUAGCUUAUAAUCCAUCUCCCAUCCCUGAGAAGGGCCUCCCAGUCCGCCUCAAGCCUCAUCAGGAAAUCAAAACAUACCCGGAUUGAUCAUUUCUGGAAAAAUUGCACCAAUGCCCCUGCACUUCGUCGAUUUCACAAAGGCGUCCCAUGGCUUUGGGGAAAUUGUCACGCUCCCCCAACAGAUAGGAGUGACUAUUUUAAAUAUAUAUUCAGCAUCAUCAAAUUAAUUUUAACAUGUUUUUUCGUGAAUAAUCGAAAGUAGAACUCGUGUAAUAGCCGGUUAUGUCUGUGUUUUCGUAAGUUAUUUUGCGAUUUGAAUAUAUUCUAAGUUUACCUUAAAU